AUGUUCAUAUCAGGGCUGAUUGCCCGCGGGGCCCCUACAUUUCCCAAGUAUCUGCUCUACACUAAAGCUACUCUUAUUCUUCUUUCAACUAUUGUCUUAGCGUUGGCUUCCUAUGUACUAUCUAUUCAGGAUAGUGACACUUAUUAUAACUCUGGAGUUCCAGAGUAUCUGAUCUUCCUGACAAUAUUUACGUGGGUUGUCUACGGUGCUCCACUAGCUAUUGAGCUCAAGGCACCUCAAUUCUAUUAUCGCAUAAUAGUAUUGGCUGCUUAUGGCCUGAACUCUAUUUUUUGGCUAACGGGUUGGGCUUGGAGCGCAUCUUGGGCCUCGUAUGGCCUCUCAUUCAACAAUGGUUACGAUGAGAGCAGUGGUAAAGACCUAUGGGCUACAUUCGGAUCUGUAAUGGGAGCUUGCGCAGGUCUUGGAGCUCUCAUAUGGGCUCUAUCUAUCGCAGAACUCGGCUUCUUCUGCCACUUCGCAUUGCGAAACUUUAACCCUAUGUAUAUUGGCAACGCAGGGUCUGAGAGAGUUCACCUCAGGACUCAACAUGAGGUUCAGACCUCUCGACCCUCUCAGCGCAGUUAUACUACGCAGUCGGUCUAUGGGGGGCAACCCCAGUGA